GAACUUUGACACCAAUUAUUGCAAGAACAUUCCUCUACUAUUUCUUUCUAGAGAAGAAAUUUGUUCUCACAGAAGAUUGGAAGCCUCAUGGCAUUAAAAUUGGAGACCAGGGAGAUUCCAUCUCAAUCUCAGAAGUACUUGAUAUCUCAACAGAGAUCACUGUGAAGGAUGGCCCAGAGUGCACCAGAACUGAAGAGGACGAUUUUUGGAUUGCAAUAAGUUGUGCUGCUGUUUACCGGGUGGCUCACUCCAAUGUUAAGGGCGACUAUCGCCAAAAAGUCUGGAAAACUUGUAUGGCCUCGAUUGCAGCCAACUUUCCUGGAAGUGAUCGACCAACAAUCACUCAACCUCAAAAUUUGACCCCCUUCUCAAGUGACGUUCAGACCCCUUACCUUCUUUCUGCCAUCGACAUGAUUAUGUGCAGGUUUCCAAGACAUCCCAUGUCUCGUAUUCGGGUUGGAACCCAGAUGUGGCGGUGGAAGAAUUGUGAUAUUCUCUUCACUAUACAGUACAUUAGCCGUCAGUUAGGACUAAAUAACAAUGAAAACCUGGUCGCUUGGUGUAAACACACAGGAGCGUGUAAUGAAUUCCGCCGUCUCGCUGAAUCUGAAGAAGACACUGAUCCUGAGGGAUAUGUACCCUAUACUAGGGGGAUGCAAUUGUCACCCAUGUCUGUGCUGUCAUCCACUGCAAACCCAGACAUCCACUUGUGGGCCCACACAAUGGGAGUCCUGUUACAUAGAGAUAGGAGCAUUAAUGCUCGUGACUUGGCGGGUUCGGAUCAUGCUACCAUCUUUGAAUGUGCCUUGUUUACCGUUUAUGCGCUCAUAAAUAGCAUGCAUGCAGAUUUUCAGAUCUGCUUUGUUAGCGCCGAAUCAGAGUACAGCGUGAAAGAUUUGAACAAGAAGAUGCGUGAAAACCUGGCUAAACUUUCCCAAGUUGAUGACAGCGCUCCUCCCGAGUUUCGUCAACCACGAGAGAAAGACCGUUGUUCAUGGUGGGCGUGGUACAAUGAUCAAGGAGGUGCUGCAGUUGCAAAAAAGUGGGCCAAGGCAGAAUUACGGAAAAUCACCAAUGUCCGACGAGGAACUGUGGGAGAGUGGUUAAGCACUUACAAAUUGUGAAUCUCCUGAUUGCUAUAACAGAUACUAGAAGAAAAAUUUUCACUGUUCCCGUUUCUAGUAGUCAGCCUUAGUCGAAUAUGUACGAAGUUAGCGUUCCAUUAGCCAAUAAUUUGAAUGUUCAAGCUACUACUCGCGUAACUAUGGGACGCUUACUGCUAUUGCGUCAGGAUCAUGUUUAAUCUAACGUGGGGAUCAGAGCCACGUCGCUCGUCGUGUUUUGUCUAACAUACCCUCCUAUGUCAACAGCUUCCUGGAAUGCCACCAAAUAAAUCUCGCUGAUAAGAUGAUUCGUGAUCCCUAAGUAAUAUAAUCAUAUUCAUAAUCAGAAAGUUUUGCGCAGUAAAGUAUUAUUAGGUAAAUUAUUUGAGAAAUGAAUUCCGAUUUCGUUGCACGCAUUGUAUUUAACUCAUUCCUUGGUGCUCGAGCUAAAUGAAUAUGUAGAAUAUUCUUAGCGCAAUGUACGAUUUUUGUCAUUCGGAUCACAAUAAAUAUAUCAAAUUAGUAAGAUUAUCCAGGAAGACCUAUUACUACCCAGCCUGUUCUCAAACUGGCGACGCGCAACAUCAGUCAUCAGAACAUCAAGUGCCGCAUCGCUCAGAUGUUUAAUUUGUCAAUAUCAGAGUGUAAGCCAGAUGAAGUAAUAGAUGUUCAAAACAUUACUGGA